AUGACGUGUGACUAUUAUUGGCAAUUACAUUUAGUCUACAAAAGGGUCCACAACUAUGAUAACGCAUUGCUCUUCAUUAAGCUUAUGCACAGUAAUGCUCAUUACAUCAUAUCGGUUACAAACUUUAAAGUGGACAACGUGGCCGAUGAGGAAUUGUUCCACUAUGUCCCUCCUGUAGUGGCUUGCUUCGUGAAUUCCUCGGCUUUCGAACGGGAACGCGCGGCACGUUACAGCAUUGAGGGCAUUCCCUGCCAAAUGUGCACCCAUAUCGUCUACUCUUACUUCAGCGCGAACCCAAACACCGGGGAACUCAUCAGCAACAUAAGUAUCUACAUUGACGCUAACGGUGACCUUAAAGAGCUGUACUGCCUAAAGAAGAAAGAUUCAAAGUUGAAACUGCUUUUAUCGUUUGACAACGGAAACGCUGCAGCAGAUGUACCUACUACCUUCUUGUCAGACCGCACAAAGCGUAAGGCCUUUGUAGACAGUGUCGAGAGUAAGCUUCUCAAGUUCGGGUUUGACGGCCUGAACAUUCACUGGGGAGCUAGGAAAGAGUGCGACCUUCUGAAGAAACUUUUAAAGGAAUUGAAAAAAUCAUUUGACAAAUAUGAUUUCCUGCUGACAAUCACACUUCCGGCCUGCAGCUUGGAUUGCGACCUAUACAAAAAGAAAAUAGCGAAGCUGGUGGACUACGUGUUCCUUUCGACGUUCCACUAUAAACCCGGUCACGUGGGCAAAGUAGACGUGCCCAGUCCGCCCUUCACGAGACAUUUUGAAAAACCGGGCGGCGAAAACUCGGAGGACUGCUUGGGCAAAUGGGUCACUCAAAGCCUUCCCACUCACAAACUGGUUUUUGGACUGUCCCUUCUGGGCGCGUCAUACACCCUAGCUGACCCCAACAAGCACGAACUUCUCAGCGACGCCAGCUCAGCCAACCCGUUAGGAAAACCAGGAGAGUUCACAAAGACGCCUGGAAAACUGGGAUAUUUCGAGAUAUCGUUCGUCAAGGGAAACCGACUGGGAGGCGUGUUUCUGUGGUCCCUCGACUUGGACGACUACAGGGGCGAUUGCGGCCCCAAGUAUCCCAUGUUGACGGCCAUCGACACCCUACUGGGGGACUACGACGUCUCGACAUUUGUCUUCAAGGAGAACUGCUAUAAUUUCGACAUAAACUUAUUAACACCAGAGAAAUGUACCGUCGGAAGCGCAUUUCCAAAAGAGAACCCGAAGGACUGCGGAGCGUAA